CGCGUGUUUUAGUUUAACUUUAUUGAAUAAAUAUAUAAUUCUUUUAUAAUAUGAUCAGUUAUUAACUUGUGGAUAGUUUUGUGAUUCGUGUUUAAACGGAAAACAGUUUUAAAUCUUAUACUUAAAAUAUAAGUGAAAUAAUAUAAGCUUGAUAAAACAGAGUAAUUCUUAACUUCCUCAUCUGUUUGAAAUUAGAGACGGUAAAAUACAAGUGAACUAUUUACAAAAAGUGGAACGAAAUUAGGAUGACUGUUAACAUGUUUACUUGCUCAUUCAGGUUCACCUGUCUUAUCGUUGCGUAUUGCGCAUGCGCAGUAAGCGGUUAUGAUUAUUUCCGGAACGAUAUUCCUAACGGUCACACCGUGCCUCACCCAUGUAACUCCGCUAAGACAUGGGACGGAGUCGGACACCAAACUCAAGAAGGGGGCACGGCAAGGAAUCCGUUUGGAUUAGACUGGAAAGACAAUGGACAAGUCUGGAAUUCUUCUAUCUGCGAAAAGGAUUCGGACGGGGACGGACGUACGAACGGACAGGAGCUCGGAGACCCUGAUUGCACGUGGACGAUCGGGACAAACAUUGCGGCAGUUGCAUCAUCGCAUCCGGGUAUAUGCGAGCCUAUCAGAAGCGCUAUGUGUGCAAACAAGAACUCCUUUCUGGACUGUGGAAAACAAGGCUUUCAGUGUGACGCUAUCAAUCAGCCAGAUGUCUUCAACAUCAGUAUCUCGUUCGCCCCCGGUACGCGUGUACCUCGACAGGAGACAACGUAUAUGUGUCAAGCGUUUGAUCUACCGGAGGUGGCGACCUCGAGCACCAAUCACCUCAUAGCGGCCAUACCAAAUAUUGUUAACCCGACUGUGGCUCAUCACAUGAUCAUUCGUGGAUGCAGCUCAGAUGCCCAUAUAACAGACCAACACAGAGCUGCCCCUUACAUGUGUUUUAUGGGGGACCAAAUCGGAUGUGACGAUAUCAUCGCCAUAUGGGCAGUCGGAUCUCCCGGUGUUUGCCUUCCCGACGAAAUCGGCUUUGCCGUCGGCGUCGGCGGGUAUAAACAGGUUUUGUUUGAGAUUCAUUGGGAUAAUCAGCUGUUGCUGGACAGCUACGUGGACAAUUCUGGGUUUAUAUUGUUCCUUACUCCAAAUAAACGAGCGAACGAUGCAGGCAUAUUAAUGAUUGGCCAGGAUCAACUUCGAAUUCCACCAUUACAGCCGGCAUUCGACGUUUCAGGACGCUGUAGUGGCACGUGUUUGGACUUCAUUUAUGAUGAGAAUUACGAGGAGUUCAAGAUUGCGGGGGCUUUCAACCACGCGCAUCUGACAGGUUCGGCUGUUGUGACACAGGUGUAUGACCCCGCGACCGGCGGCCUUACUGAUCUUGCCCGGGAUACAACAUACGACUUUAAUGCGCCGAUAUUCUACAUAUUUGACAAGGCGGUUUCGGUACGUCGCGGUCAAGAGCUUAACGUCACAUGCACGUACAACACGAUGUCCAGAACGCAAAUGACCUAUUAUGGGGAAGGAACCAGAGACGAGAUGUGUUUCAGUUUUCUACUGUACUAUCCGAAAGAAUCCUUAACUGAUCAUCAAUGUUCUCAGAAAGGUCAGACUGACAAAUGCUUGGACGUGUUAUGCGGCCCAGAGCAGGAGUUAGAGUUUGGGGCAAGGGUUUGGACCGCUUGCAGCCUCUUUGAAUGUCUGGACACGUGUAAAGCUGUUGCUAUGGAAGCAGAUAAAAAUCCUUGCUUUUCCGGUAACCGAAAGCGAGCCGUUUUGGAAAAUGCAUCCACCCAAGACGACGUCGAGAGAGCAGCUCAGGUCUUUGAAUUCUUUGUGCGCCUAGACAGCUGUAGAACAGAGAUGGCGAUGGACCAAUGCCGCGAUGACCAAGGAGUAAAUAGUGGCAUCAAUGUCGCUGUUUCAACUUACGUGACGUCAAUUGCGGUCGUUUUGACGGCCAUGGUGGCGCAUUCCUUUCCUCAUUAGUCAGCCAAUCAAUUACGUGAUAAAAAUAACAUUUGAUACAGUGAAACAUGUUUAUACUUGUUUUUGAAACUUAUACUUACUCUAGAACACAAAAAGAAAAACAAUUUGUUACUUGAUUUUUUAUAACAUUAUAACAAUUAUAUCAUUUUUUAUGUGUUACACAUUUGGUUAGAAAAUUAGGAAACGUAUAUAUUCUUCUCAGGUGAUGCUUAGGGUGGCUUUUGUCAAUCUCCUGGAAAAGUCCUGACAAAAUGAACAUAAACGAAUUGAAACACAACUUAACAAGAAUCAUCACCUAGGUUGUACUUUUAGUAAUAUACUCUAUACCGUCUAAACACUGUUUUUACGCUAUAGGCCGAAGGCUUACAGACUUUAGUACCGCAUACUGUAAUCAACUAUCGUCAGAUUUACUUUUUGACAUGACAUGUUAAACAAAUUAAUGCGCCGGGGUAACAUUCAUUUAAAGCAUAUAGUGUUUUGCUAUCGGCUUAGAAACAACAAAGGAAUUUUGGUGAAAGUAAUUAAAAUUUAACAUAGAUUAUUUCUCGAAAAUCACAACCAAGCCCCGCUGUUGUCUUCUGCGCUAUUGUAUAUGUAUCAUUCUCAUGUCUUUAUGACAGGAAAAUAUCUUGUUUGGAAGCAUUCUUGCAUACCAAUCACUGUUAUUACACAGCUUUUACUGUCUAUAAACAUCAGUAUUGUACCUGUAAUACGCGUUGUUGAUGUCCUGAUCCUUUGCCCUGGUCAUGUUGAAAUCUUUUUCGAUCAGGUGGAAUGUAAGCCGGUGGAUUUUCAGUUACCCCAGUCAGACGUACAAUUCCCAAGAUUCGUCGAAAUUGUCAGUGCCAUCAAUUUGCUUUCAAACAAAACAUUAUACAGAAUGAAUUAUGACCGUAACAUUGAGAUUUGUAACAAACUACAUAGACUGAAAUUGUUCAUUGGAUUUAAAAUAAUACGGUUGACGCUAUUUUGUGUUUGCAAAUUGUAAAAAAAACACCAGUCUUAAAAGAAAGUUAAUAUAAAGUUGACCGUUGCUAAGUGAUAAAUUAAAUAACGAUCAAGCUCUUUUUGCGAAGAAGUCACAUGCACUUUGAAAACCCAUAAGAACUCUUUAUAAUAAGCAGAACUGAUCAAGCUUUUCCUGGUGCUUCUAAGAUUAUCGUCGAGUCAUUAAAUGGUCAGUGUAGAUAGACUCACAGACAGAGAGUGAUUUUCUGACGUCCUAAUUUGAAUAAAAAAAACCAACAACAACAACAACAACAAAAUACAGCAGAGGAAUUCUCAGAUUUUGAAAGAUUUUUUUUUCUCAUUUCUAUUGCAUGUAACAUUGGUUUCAAACAGUAAUAAAAACUCAUAUUUCAGCAAAAAGGUCAUCUAAAAUUAUAUAUAAUUUUAUUGGUACGAAUUAUAAUCAAUAACUGAUCAUGCUUAAUUGAUCUCAACAAAAAACUGUAAAAACGCACUCGUACCUAUCAAUUCUUCCCUAUUUUUGGAGAUGAUACCAGAAACAAGAUAAGGCGAUAUACUAGAAACAAAAUGCAUGUCUCAAGUAAAAUGCAUUUUUUUUCUCUGAUUUUUUUUUCAAAUUGCAAAUUGAUACAUUUAACUAUUUCAAGAAUAAUAUAUUUUAUUUCUAGACCUCUUGUUUUUACCAAGCAGGAUAUGAACAGUUUUUGAUUAGCAGAAUAUAUUAAAAAACUCAACUUUGUUAAUACGGGCUUGAAGACAGACGCGUCGUUACAAGUAAUACUACGUUCACGUGUGUGCAAGGGACUUCUUCCUUUCUUUGCCGGAGUGAUAGGUAUAAAUAAUUGGGCAUCUGACUGAACCAUGAAAACAGGCUCCAAAAUAGCUUGCCAUACAUUGUUCAUAUAAAGCACAUGCACACCAGCAUGCUAAUUGUACAUGUUUUGGCGGGGUUUGACCCCCGUUAACCAAUGAAAAUGAAUAAGGAAACACCCGAGGUUCUUUUUUAGAUGGCACGUCCAUAUAUGGACAUGCGUUCAAAACAACUCUACAUUUGAAAGAAAAGUAUGUUUCAUUACUGUAUAAUACAGUGUGUAGCAAACGGCCUUUUUAUUGAGAAAACCCGUCCAUUUCAUUAAUUUGGAACGUCAGAUGUAUGUAGAUAAUAACAAGAAAUGUAAGGGCGUUAAACAUCAUAUUACAUUUAAACAUUCAGUCUUUCUACACCAUUUUCUUCCGAGCCUCAAUUUUUCUUCAUUUGUUUCCGCAAUGACCUUGAAUUAAAACAAACUUAUUUGCGGUUGAGGCGGCCUAUUCACGCCCGCCACCCCCUACCUGUCAAUAAAAGAAAAUAUUGUUUAUGUCAGUAAAGUAUACCAGAACGCAUAAUUGUAGACAAACCAUUGACAAACACUCUGAUGAUAUUAAUGUAAUAUACUGUUUGACUUAGAGGGAGGGUGCACAAAUGCAGCAUUGCGACAUAAGCUUGCAUCACGUUUCACUCAAAAUACUAUAUCAGUGCCUGUAAAAGUUUUUACAGAGCUCUCGAGUCAUGAAUCCAGUCUGGAUGCUAGUCAUCAGAACAUAGUUAGGAGCUUACUCUUACAACCAAUUCGUGCGCCAUACAAACGCCUACAGAGAAAUAUACUAGAUGUCAAGCGACACUGAACAAGGUUUUUGGAAACACUGUGCUUGGUUCUAGUAUCUGCCUUUGCGAUCAAUGUCAAUAAGGUAUUUGUCUUCCUCAAUAGUCUAUUUUUGUUUGUUUUCACGCAAUAGCUUUGUUGCCAUUUAUAUUAAAACAAAAGGAAAGAAUGUCUUUAAAUUGUAUACUCAAACACUAUUUUGUUGUUUUAUAUUUGGCUGAGACUAUUAAAAUUGUAAAUUCUUAAACCUACAUGAAAAUAGUACUGAAAACACUAGGACAUUAUUAACCUUGUUAUUUUACACACAACAAUCGAAUACUUCUUAUUUAACUAAACAUUAAGAACUGGUUAGUACAAUCAUAUAUAUUGAUAAAUCAACAGUAUGGAUCAAGUUAUUUUAUUUUCACACCUCUACUUAUUCAAUAAUUAUAUUAAACAUGCACAAGUAUAUUAUUAAGUCUUGAAUUCCGGUGAAAAAUAUCUUGGUUAGGUUUUUAUCUCCGUCUAGAAAAAUAUUAGACCACACUUGAGAACAAUUAUGUAUUUAUUUUACACAUAAGAACAUGCAUAAUUAUAAUAAUAAUAGGCAGAAGAAACAAAAGUAUUUCUUUUCGUUUACUGCAUUUAAAAAGCCGCCACUCGAAAUAUGACUUGUUUGGUCCGUAUGACCUUCAAUAAUGAUAUGUAUAAUCCACAUGAAUGUAAGCAUCUUCUUUCAAGCGCUCAUUUUUAGUCACAACGGUUUGACAAAUAAACUUUCUAACUUGCUAAGAUAUUACUAUUUACUACGCUUGUGACACGUAUUAGUCGUACGAUUUUGCAAUGCAUAUUGGACCUUGUGAAUUUUGUAAAAAGGAAAAGAUAACUUGCUAAAAUAUAACGAUUUCCUGAGCUUAAAAUGCACUUGAACAAUAACUUGCUUAAAAUAUAACUGUUUCCUGCGCUUAAUAUGCACUUAAACAAAACACUUAACAUUUUGCAAUGGCUUUUCAUCCUUCUGACGUUUGUAAAAUGACUUGAUUUUAAAAUAUGUAAUAAAACAGUCUCUUUUAAACACUGUGAUUGGCAUAAUGAAGACAUCAUAACGGAUGAAAAAUAUCAGCUGUGAAACAAGAACUCAUUUGGAUCAUGAUGUUUGUGAAUGGCGGUAUAUUACUGUUGAUAGCAGGGGCGUGUGAGGCGCAAACAUGUAUAGUUAACGUUGGGUCUGAGACAGUGACACAAAGUACUGACUUGUCUAGUAUUGAAAGGCGGGUUACCAACAUUGAAGAAGAAUUGGAACGUUUGAAAGGCUCUGGCAAUGAGGAAAGCACUGAUUCGUGUAAAAAACCUAUUUUAACAGGUUGCGAUGCUAUCUACAAAAGUGGAAAACGAGAAAAUGGUAUAUACACCAUCUCCCCGGACGGCCGAUGUCCGUUUGACGUCUUCUGUGACAUGACAAACGGUGGAUGGACAGUCAUACAGAAACGAUUCGAUGGAAGUGUCAAUUUCUACAAACCUUGGACCACGUACGUCAAUGGUUUCGGCAGCCUGUCAGGGGAACACUGGCUUGGGCUUGAGAAGAUUCACCGGCUAACGUCCCAGCCCGUCGAUAUAUAUUUCAACAUGACCAGGACCGCGGACCGGGGUAUCGAUUACGCGCAUUACAAGUACUUCACUGUUCAAGAUGCUACGACAAAGUACACAAUGUGGACCAACAGUGAUGGGUAUGAAGGAACACUUCGAAAAACAGUAUUUACUCUUCACAACGGUAUGAAGUUCACCACAUAUGAUCAAGACAAUGAUGCACAUCCUACACUGAAUUGCGCAGAUCCCCACCACGGGGCUUGGUGGUUUAAAGCGUGCUACCAGCUUGGAAACAUGAACGGACUAUUCGGUGUAAGCGAUAGUACAGGGCUUAACUUUCAUAACGGAAGUUAUAUCGCUCUCUCGGAAAGCACAAUUAAAAUUAAAAUGACAAAAGAGGAUUGCCAAUGACCUCUCAUAAACUGAAGUACAAUAUAAUACUUAAAGAUGCACUCUUACUCCCAAAUAAGAUUUACCACAAUUAAUAUUAUUCUUUUAAUAUUCCAAAAAGGAUGAAUAAAUGUCGAAAACAAUGGUUCCUAUGAAGAA